AUGAACCACACCGCCCAUCGGACACUCAUGCGGACCUGCCUGGCACUCAUCGAAGGGAGUUACAAAUCUCCCGGCAGUAUCAGCAGCGCGUCCCUCCAUAAUACCCUCUUAACGUAUGCCAGCUUAUACUGGCCAGAGCAUUUCCGACACGCGUUCGACACGGUCGAGGCUCAGACUGAGUUUUCACGUCAGUUUUUCCAAGCCGAGUCUCCAAUCCGGGAGGAUUGGUGGCAAUUCUAUUGGGAUCGGGAGCAAUAUGGAGGAGCUCCUCCCUCGUUCACGCUGUUGCAUUUGGCUGCGUACUUUGGCAAUCUGGCCUGGACCAAGAUGUUACUCGAGCAUUAUGCCUCCAAUUGCAUUCCCUUCCGCCGUCAUACCUCACGAAAGGAUAGUUAUGGCCGGACUCCCCUUUUCUGGGCCGCCACCAGGGGCCACCGAGACGUGGUGGAGUUGUUGCUCGAUCACGGUGCCAAUAUCAAUGCUAAGGAUCGGGACAAAUUGACCGCACUUCAUAUAGCAGUCACUGGAGAGCACAAGGAGGUCGUGUCCCUGCUGCUGGAUUGGUCCGCCCGGAUUGAGGAUAAAGCCAGCUACGGCGACACGCCCUUGAUUCGAGCCAUCCAGGCCAAUUCUAAAGAUAUUGUUAAGCUGCUGCUCGAACAUGGAGCCCGGGUGGAUGGGUUACCCACUCCCCCGGGAGUCACCUCCCUAAGAGGACCUAUGGAUCCACUGGAAGAGCGCUCGAAACAGCUUCUGGAUCUGCAAGACCAGCUUUUUGCUGCGCGAUACGAGAAUCAAUCGAGAUUAGUUGACAUCACACUCAGGAUUCUAACCUUCUCCCUCCAGUUCCGACCUGUCUUCAAAUUGGUUGCGUUGUACGUGAAACACUGGUCGAUUGGCCGCUGGGAGGUGUUGCAGGACCUAGUCAAGAAUAAUGAGACGGCCAGAUUGCGAAGCUGGGCGCAGUCAUUCAUCGGGUUUGGCAACCAGCUGAUUGACGAUGGGAACCCCAGAAAGCUGGAGGCCAUGACGGGGCUCUCAGUCCAGGUGUUUAAAGUGGUCUCCACUGCAGAUCUGGAAGCCCUAUUGGUAAUUGGUGUCCUGGUGGGCUCUAGCAUCAUGCUGGCAGCGGCUAAACACCGAUGGAGAGAAGGGGUGGACAUUUCAGCCAGGACAUUCGCGCAGUUCGCCUCUCUCGCCUAUCGCAGAGGCGCCGGGGAGUCAUUGGACUAUGGAGUUCGUGAGUUCCUGAUCGAUUUUGAUGCCUCCAUUCGAAGUGGUAGGAGGGCAGACACGGUGAACCGGGUGGUAGUCCUUUUCCGCACGCACAUUGCAUCUUUUCCAUAUUUUUCAACGGUCAUCACGGAAUAUUUUGAACGCUAUAUCGGUGGCAGCUAUGAGGAACAGCUGUUCAAUGAUGCCAGCGAAGCAUGUGCCAAUGAGCUGGGUGCCAUCAGCGAAUGUCAGGAUGCUCGCAGAUUGCUUCUCAUCCUCUCUGCUAUCCUGCAUAUUGCUCAGCACUCAAGAGGGAAAGGACAGGACCGGUUCCUCAACAUGCCUCCCGCAGCAUGUCUAAUACUCUGUCAGAACAACCCCAGCGCCCACCGAUGGUUGAUCGGCAAGGGAAUCCCAGAAACAAUGAGUGUCUUGAUAUCCCGGCAACAACAGGGAGCGGCUCAAAAACGGGCCUUUAAAGCUCUUGUAGAAUGCCUGAUUAUUGGAAAACAGUAUGGGCUAUCGCCGUCUAUGUCGGCGUUGGAAACAGUGAAACGAAAUCUUGGCCCAAUUGACGGCGUGGAUGGAAUGCUAGAUCAAAUUCUUAGUACAUGA